GGGCUGCGAUUGCACAUCGAUAAUUGCAAUCACGAUCCCGGAAUGACUUAUGCUCUGCACCUGGGCAUGUGAGAGUUUCGCACACGAAUUCUCUUAAUUCUUCGAACAUUUUGUGAGCAGCUGAUGGCGCCAAAGAUCAUAGAAUUCUACUCUUCAGAUUGGACGCUGCUUGGUGAUAGAGCUGGCUUGUCUUCGCAGAUUUGUCUCAUUACAGGUAUGGCCGAGCGCUACCCUUUCAACGAAGAACCCAUUCGCUCUGCCAAGUAUGACAUGGGCAGCGAGGCGACAGACCACAAGAGAGGAAGACACCGCCCAUUGCCCGAGGGGAAUCCCCGAUGUGACAAUGCCGGCGAUGUACGGCGAAGGGGAGGAGAAGGCUUUCAUCAGGCUCCAGCAACAGAUCAUGCAAUCAUCCGAGGACCAGUCCAUAUCUGCCUGGACUGAUCCCGCAAAGACCCUUGAAAAGGGUUGUGGCAUGCUUGCAGACAGUUUUCUGAGAUCAGGAAACGUUAGUUCCUCUGGUGAAAUACUCCAAGGCUCCUCGCCAGUUCUCACAGCUAACGACCAACGGAUCACUAAGCCCUUGGGAGUCAACGGCAACGGAAUCAUCGUCGCUCUUCUCGAUUGCCGGGCUGAGGGGUGUGAAAAUAACGACCGCGUCGCGAUCUGUCUGCGCCGAAUCACACAGAUUGAUGCUAUUGCCCAAUAUGAGAGAAUAUAUGCUGAUGCAUUAAUGCCAAUGUGCUUCUGAAUGUCGACUGGAAGAUGUCUAUGUACGUCAAUUCAAUGGUCUCCAGUGAUCGAAAGCGAGAUCUUGCAUGUAAAGCUUGACAUUUGGACCUAUCGCCAAAGCUGCAAAACUCGCAGACCGCAUCGAUCAAGGAGGUGACGAAUGGCAAGAUUCAUCAGUGCAAGUACGCCGGACCAAGAAGAAACAUUUGAUAACUCGGAAUAUUCGAAUCC